UUUUAACUAUUAAAUUUUCUCCAUCAAGAAAUCUCGUGGAUCUGAUUGGUUAAUUUGGAGGCAAAUGUCUAUUUUAAUAUUUUUGUCUCUGUCAUCGUGUUCUUCACAUAUACUAAUCCAAAAUCUGUAUUAACUAAGUUAAAGACUAAAUAUAGUUGAUCUAUUUAGCAUUGUAAUUAUUUCCAAUUAUUAUUGCAAUUACAUUUUGAACGACAUUAUCCAAGUAAUUUCGACUAUUAAAUUUUCCCCAUCACUGAGAGGAAAGAAGAUCUUUAUCCAGAGUUGAAAACACAUUGAUUCAUUGAAAAGGCAACCAAUUAAUAAAAAAGUUAAUAAAGAAUUUCGAAUAAAGUUACUUUAAAUAAUUAUUACAGUCAAUCCUCUUCUCGUUUAAUUUAUUCCAAUAAUUAUUUCUACGAUUAUCAUUACGAAAUUAUAAAUUAUCCAAUAUAAACAAAUACAUUAUACCUUUAUUCGACCAAGUUCGAUUAUUAAAUUUUCCUCGUCACUGAAUGAAAAGAAAGAAGCCUCAUGGAAGAAAUGCGGAUUUUUAUCUAUAUUUUAGAGUUGGACAUCAAUUCCUUGAAAAGAUAACCAAUUAAUAAAAAAGUUAAUAAAGUUACUUUAAAUAAUUAUUACAGUCGAUCCUCUUCUCGUUUGAUUUAUUCCAAUAAUUAUUUCUACGAUUAUCAUUACAAACGAUAAAUUAUCCAAUAUAAACAAAUACAUUAUAUAUUUUUCGACCAAGUUCGAUUAUUAAAUUUUCCUCGUCACUGAAUGAAAAGAAAGAAGUCUCGUGAAAGAAAUGCGGAUCUUUAUCUAUAUUUUAGAGUUGGACAUUAAUUCCUUGAGAAGAUAACCGAUUAAUAAAAAAGCUUUUCCACAAUUAUUAUACUGCAUCAACAUAAUUAAUAUAUACCCGAGUAAGUUCGAUAAUUAAAUUUCCCCCAUCGCUGGUCCAAAGACUGGUAAACGAUCAUAAUAAAUGGUAUAACACGAUUGCGGUUCCUGUCGGAUAAUUACGGAAUUAUGUUUGGGAAGAAGAGGUGUGUUAUGAACGGGUUAGUUAACACGUAAACGGACGGAGAGGUCGGAACGAAAGUGGCCGGAAAAAUAAGGAGGAAAGGACAACCGCGAAAGGGGAUAGCCUAGAUGUCGGGGACGAUAUUCACGCAUCGACGACCAGUUUCCAUGGAAAGUAUCCAUCGCGGGGAUAAUGAAACGUUUUUACUACGUCGGGAACGCGUGUUAACGCGAGAAGUCACGAAAACGCACAGAAAGCGUGGUGUUAACCCAACGCGUUUUGCGUUCGGAUUUCUCGAAAGGAUUCUGGGACACUUUUCACGCUGCCCGUGCAAGAGAAAAAGAAAAACGAAAAAAAGAAGGAAAAAUCCAACAAUAGAACUCCUUCCUUAUCCCCCGCAAAAUUUCUCCAUUCUCGUCAACAAAUUUACCGGCAACUUCUUUCCCCAACCUCGAAUUACCUUUAUCGUCACUCUAAAGCGUCGUUCACGAGAUCGUCGUUCGAAUGAUUACUCUAGUUUCGUGCAAGACAUAUAUAUAUACAUUCUUCAAAGAAGUUGAACCGAUAAAGAAAGAGAGUGAUGAGAAGAAAGAAACGGAUUUCUUUCACGAGAGAAAAUGUUUUAAUUUUAUAAAUUUCUCGACAACUUCUUUCGCCAACCUCGAAUUACCUUUAUCGUCAUUUCAAAGCGUCGUCCACUUGUUCGAAAAGUUCGAAAGAUUACUCUAGUUUCGUGCAAGACAUAUAUAUAUACAUUCUUCAAAGAAGUUGAACCGAUAAACCAGAGAGAGAAAGAGGUAGAAAGAGAGUGAUGAGAAGAAAGAAACGGAUUUCUUUCACGAGGCAGAGAAGAGAACGAGAGAAAGAAAAAUGUUUUAUUACACGUGGAAUAUGGGGAAAGAGCGGGAAGGGGGUGAAAAGACUUUCUAAGGCGAGUUUUAUCAGCGAGCGGCGAGAGUCUGGCCUUGUUUCGCGGAGAGGUCAAGUCGUGGCUAGGAGAGCCGACUCGAAGCAGAUGUCGGAGAUUCGAGAUAAACGAUGCACAAUGCCUUCUAUUCGUGACCGAACAGUCAUCGCUUCCGUCUCUUCCAUUCUAAUUAUCCACGCUUUGAAAUAUCUUCGAAUCUCUUCUUCGCAGUUUCUUCCUCGCUCCUCUCUCGUCUCUCUCUCUCUCUCUCUUUCUCUCCAGAGGAAGAGUCGUUAGAGAACGAUAUUCGUCGCGAAGCCUGGCGAUACGUAUCUUCUUUCCCGUUUCGGAUCGGCCGACAACGAAAGUAGACGUUCCCCGCGCUCGACCCGACUCCCCGCCUCUCUCUUUUCCAGUUUACGAGUUCUGCUGCUCGUUUUCGCGGUUAUCUACGCCGAUGGAGAACGACCCAAUUCCGGUUUCGAGUAGGCCACCCGACCGCAUCGUCGCACCGGAAGGGAAAAAUCCAUCCAUCGGAAGUCCAUCGAUCCACCAACUCUUCCCUCAAUUGGUCCUCAAAUUUCUCUGGAAUCAAUCUAUAAAUGUAUAAAGAAAAAAAGGAGGAAAAAUCCAUCCUAAUUCUCCCCUCCUUCGAUCCUCAAAUUUCUCUGGAAUCGAUUUAUAUAAAGAAGAAAAGGAGAAAAAUCCAUCCUAAUUCUCCCCUCCUUUGAUCCUCAAAUUUCUCUGGAAUCGAUUUAUAUAAAGAAGAAAAGGAGAAAAACCCAUCCUAAUUCUGCCCUCCUUUGAUCCUCAAAUUUCUCUCCUCAAAUUUCUCUGGAAUCGAUCUAUAAAUGUAUAAAGAAGAAAAGGAGGAAAAAUUCAUCCUAAUUCUCCUCUUCUUCGAUCCUCAAAUUUCUCUGGAAUCGAUUUAUAUAAAGAAGAAAAGGAAAAAUCUAUCCUAAUUCUCCCCUUUUCUCCCCUUCUUCGAUCAAAUUUCUCGAUCGUCGAUUAUUUCGAACGAAUCAAUCUAUAUAUAUAUAAAGAAAAAAAGAGAAGAAAAAUCUCUCCAUCGAAAGUCCAUCGACCUACGAACUCUUCUCCCCCUCGAUCUUCAAAUUUCUCGAUUUAUUUCGAAUCGAAUGUCAGAAUCUAUAUAAAAAAAAAUGAGAGGAAAACUAAAUAUAUAAAAAUAAGAAGAAAGAAAGAGAGAGAGAGAGAGAAAUUGCGGAAUCAUCGAACCCUGCCCGAACGAAUUCCUCCGCGAGGAGGUUUGUGGGUCGAGGAUGCAGAAAAAUGGGAAAAAUCCGGGACCCGCUCGGUUCCGGAAGCUGCUCGUAAAACUGGAUGGAGGCGUUUUAUUAUACACGAAUAAGAAACGUUUCACGGGAACAAAAAGGAAGGAAGUUUCUGUGCCGAGAGAGAGAGAAAAAAGCGCGUGACGAUUCAUCGAUGUCAUCCUCGUCCCCUUUUAUCGUCCUUAAUCGAUGAACCGAAAUUGAACGACUCGCUCCAACCUAGCGCCUAUUUCCCAAUCCGAACGAGAUAAUCGGGGGAUAAAGCGGGAAUUGUUGUCCCUCUUUUCGUCUUCUCUUCUUUUCUUCUUGCAAGUAUCGAAUGCGGCAGCGUCGAGUGGCAACCGGUUUCAACGAGUCGGUAUCCGUCGGAAUGGAAGGAAUAUUGGCGAUGCGCGGGGAUCCGAAGAGGAUGUCGUCGCCGAGGUGUCGAGGAAAAGCGUGGGGAGCCGUGGCUCGCGAAUCACGGGCGGAAAAAGCAGCGUGCUAACUCGCCGUUGAUUGUCCACGGCGACGUGAAUUAGCGCGUGACGAGACCCUCGCUUCUUCCAACGGGGGACUAGAGGAGAGGAAGAGAGGAAGAUGUGUGUCAGCGAAGAAGCCAGCUGACAAUUAUCAAAGACGACGGGAGACGACGAGGAACGGAGAAGAGACGGAGAAGAGGAGGAAGAAGAAGAAGGCGCGUCUCCGUUCUCCAGGUGGCCAAGCGUGGUGCAUGUACACCGUUUGUUACACGGUUUGUCGUAGCACGUGGCGGCAAGAGCGAGACGCAAAAUGGACCAAGUAUCCAGGAAGUGGGGACCUGGAUUAAAAGCGAACGAGGGCAACGUCUCGGCGACAGAGCCAUCUCGGACCUUGAACGUGGUGGAAGUGGACGGUACCGGCCACCACUCCUCGUCACGUUGCCUCGCUCCGUGGUUUCGCUAACGGGUUCCUGGCUCGCCCUUCGUCCCACCCGAUCCUGCAUACCGGACUACGCGGUUGGCCGCGUUCUGCCAACGGCCAACGAGAGAUCUGGAGGUCUUGGAAAAGUUGCAUCUUGGAAAAUCUUUCGAGAUGGGGAGCGUGCGGAUCUGGCUACUGAUCUGUCUCGUUCUCGUCGCAUCGAGGCUCAGAGAGUCGCGAUGCGGGCCGAGAUACCCGUUCGAAGCGAGGGCGAAGGCGUCCGAGUUGUUCAGGACGAAGGGGGAGGGCUUGAGGGGGGUGCAGGAGGAGGGGUCGAUCGUGGCAACCCCGAGCCCGCUGCGCCACGAGACGAGGGCCGAUUCGGUGUUUCGGGACGGAGACGGGCCGAGGAGGAUGAGCAAGGACGACUACACGACGACCAGGGACGACGAGGACGAGUCGAAGAACGGAUUCGAGGCGUCCACGUUCAAUCCGGACGUGUUGAACAAGUUUUUGGAGGAGUACGCGAGCAAGAUAAAGGGUAGCACCGAGAAGUACCAGAGAUAUCCGUUCAGGAUCGUCAAGCCUUCCGAGCCGCUCCCCCUCGAGGUCGACGAGCAGACCACCGUUCGAUCGUCGAUCGUCGACCACCAAGAUCAAAACACCAAGUACGAAGAGGAGCCGAUCAAUUCCACGUCCACCGAGGAUGGAUUGGGCGGGAUUCUGAACGACACGAUAAAGAGGAACAAGUAUUACGGGGCGAACUCGUACGACGACAGGAACGGUUGGGUCACGUUGGAGGCGAUACCGUGGUCGAAGAGCAAGAUUUCCAAAUGGCAAGCGACCCCGAGCACGCAACGCCCGUGGCCGGAGAUGAAGCCGUGGGACAAACCGGGCAAACCUUGGACCUCCGAUUAUUCCAUCAGGCCCAUCUACGAGAACAACAAACCAUGGUACGAGAAGCCGAAGCCGAGCUGGCCGGAGAACAGCCAGAACGAGAAACCCGCGUGGCAAAAGCCCAAUCGACCGAGCCCUUAUUACACGGAGAAACCGGAGGAGACCCAGGCUCAGAAAUGGCCGCCUGAGAGGCCCUCUUGGAACAAAUACACGGACCGUCCGAGCCUCAACACCGAUAUAAUUACCGACAAUAGGCCCGCCAAUUUCCCGAGCAAUUGGAACAGGCCGCAGCCGACGAAACCGAGCUACCAAUAUCUGGACAGGUAUCCGGAUAAAUAUCAGGGGGAAGAGGGAAACGAUUGGCACGAUUUCCCGACGAGGCUCGAGGAUCGUCCAACACCGAGACCGACCACCGAGAGGCCGACCGCCUUCUCUCAUUAUCAAUACGUGAACAAUCAUCCGCAGAGUUAUCCCGGGAACGGGGACGGCCAGUGGGUGCUGCUCUCGACGAACAGAGGUUAUUCCAAGUCCAGGCAGAGGUCGAUAAAGAUAGACUCGAUGGGCCAAGUGGGGAACGUUACGAGGGACGUGGGCAGAAAGGAGGAAGAAGCUGAUCCGGCAGUAGCCGUGAUGACGUCGAAGAGACAGGUUAGAUUGACGGUGCUACCGUCGAUCAACGGCACGAAUACGACCACUUCGCACGGAGGCCUUCUGGAAGUGGAGAAGACGUUCAAGAGCGUGGACCAGAGUCAAAAGGAGUACGAGAUGGAAAGACAACCGCUGCUAUCGACCAUUCUGAAAAAGAGACCUAUCAGAAACACAUUAGGAAAUAAAGCAUCCAGCUCUGCUGUUUUAGCUGCUGUCAGUGCCGGGAUACUACCGGCAACGAUGGCGAUGAUGAUACCGAUGAUUCUUGGUCGUCGAAAGAGGGAUCUAACGACUUCCGGAUUGGGCUUCCUCGACCACGACGAGACUAUGAUAAAGAAAUUGAUCGGGAAACAAAGUAUUUGAUAAUUCGUAGAAACGGAGAAAUGGAGACAAAAUUUAGAAAAGAAAAAAAAAUAGGCACAACUUUUGAAAUAUAUAAAAAUGAAAUUAGCAAAUUAUUAAAGUUUAAGAAGCUGAUGGUGUACAUGACAAAUCUGUAUAGUUUUAAGUCUAUCUAUAUAUAUAUAUCUUAUUUACAUAUAUCGAUCGAUACAUACGGAUUCGUUUGGCAACGAGUUUAAUUGUUAAUUGUUAAUUGUUUCGUCGAAAAACAAAUGUGUUCCGCAGAUAGGAAAAAUAGAUUUUUAUUACAAGUUUCUUCAUAUAUUUAUACACAUAUCAGGAUAACACGUAGACACUUAUCUUAUUUAUUAUUUAUUUAUUUAUUUAUAUAUAUAUAUAUGUAUAUGUAUUUAUACUUUACAUUUCGAUGCUCGGUCUGAAUAUUUAAUAAAAGAUAUAAAUACCGAUUCUAAAGAUACCGAUCGAAGAAAAGAGUCGCUCGAAAAAUAAAGGAAUGGAAUUUUU